GUCUUUUUCUCUUUACUUAGACUGGAAUUCGAUUCACACUCAAAUUGGGUAUCAUUGUUUUUGCAUUCAAUAAUACUUUAUAAUACUUCGAAAGUAAACGAUGCAAUGUCUAUUGCGAGAGCAGCCUCGAUCGCUGGCACUCGCAAAUAGAGACUAUGCUUUGGUCUUUCAUUCUGUCCCUCAAAACAAAAAUUCAUUAUCCGUCUGUAUAGCAGAGUUUGUAUCUCUUAGUGAAAAGCCGCUAGAUGGCUUCCGGAGAAUUUCCAGUCGUCCUAUAUAUGGUACGCUAGGUCUUAUAGAACUUGAGAAUUCAAACUUUUUAUGCGUCAUCACAGGAGCUAGCGAAGUUGCUCGUAUACGUGACGGGGAACGCAUUUUCCGUAUCACAGAGGUUUGUUUUUACAGCGUAAAUCGCCCUAAUUGGGAUCACAUUCGUCAAGAAGGGGAUUUUUUAGACAACACAGCUGAUGGGUACGAUUCGGACAUUCCAGGGUAUGAUGCAACGAAGUAUGCUUCAGAACCUUUCAGCAGCCUGCGAAAACUUUUGACAAAUGGAACUUUUUAUUUUUCCCUUGACUUUGAUAUUACUUCUCGUUUACAGCUGCGCACUUAUCAUGCUUAUACGGAUCCCCAAUCAGACACGAUGCAUGAACAGUUUAUGUGGAAUGAAUUCAUGCUCCGUCAAUUGUUUAAGUUUCGCUCUCACCUGAAUUCCGACGAGAAAGAGGUGCUGGAUUCAUGCGGCUUUUAUACAUAUGUAAUUCGUGGCUUUUCUGGUACGGAACCUUUUAAACUAGGAAUGCAAAAUGUACGGCUUUCUCUCAUAUCAAGACUAUCCUCUCUUCGUGCGGGUACGAGGUUUCUUGCCCGUGGUGUCGAUGAUGAUGGCAACGUUGCCAACUAUGUUGAAACGGAAACAAUCCUCGAUACUCCAAAUUACUCUGUUAGCUUUAUUCAAGUGCGAGGUAGUAUUCCUAUCUUUUGGGAACAGGAAGGUGUCCAAAUGUUUGGGCAAAAGAUUGACAUUACCCGCUCUUUUGAAGCAACUCGAGCCGCGUUCGAGAAGCAUUUUAGCGAUAUUAUAAAAGAGUAUGGUCCUGUACAUAUUGUUAAUUUGCUGGGUACUGGUUCUGGAGAACGAUCUCUUUCUGACAGACUGCGACAGCAUAUCCAGUACUCCCCUGAAAAAGAACAAAUUCACCUUACCGAAUUUGAUUAUCACUCCUUAAUUCGUUCUUUUGAGGAUGCAAAUAAAAUACGUCCUAUGUUAUACGGUAAUGUAGAAUCUUUUAGCUUUUAUUCAGAAAAGCGAGACGGUGAGGCAAUUACAUCGCAGGACGGCAUUUUCCGAACAAACUGUCUUGAUUGUCUCGACAGAACGAACGUAAUUCAAAAUCUUAUAUCUAGGAUGAUUUUAGAAAACGUAAUGUUACACACUCGACAGAAUGCGGGUUAUGAUUUUUGGCAAUUGCAUUCUACGCUUUGGGCAAAUAACGGUGACGCAUUGUCUCAUAUUUACACUGGCACCGGUGCUCUAAAAUCUAGUUUCACUAGAAAGGGAAAGUUGAGUUUAACAGGUGCCUUAAAUGAUCUUUCCAAAAGCGUGGGACGAAUGUAUAUUAAUAAUUUUCAGGAUAAAGGUAGACAGGAAACCAUUGAUUUAUUACUUGGUCGUUUGAUUGAUCAACAUCCUGUAAUCUUAUAUGAUCCUAUCCAUGAAUAUGUCAAUCAUGAACUAAAGAAGCGAGAAAAUGAAUUCUCGGAACAGAAGAAUGCAUCUAUUUUUGUUGCAAGUUAUAACUUAAAUGGUUGCAAUCCUACUUCUGAGUUGGAAAGUUGGCUUUUCCCUGAUGAUAAUCCCAUGGCGGAUAUUUAUGUCGUCGGUUUUCAAGAGAUUGUCCAGUUAACCCCUCAGCAAGUAAUUAACGCUGAUCCUGCAAAAAGGCGUGAAUGGGAAACCUGCGUAAAGCGUCUACUAAAUAAUAGAACUAAGGAUGGCUCAAAGUAUGUCCAAUUGCGGUCUGGCCAGUUAGUUGGUACCGCCAUGAUAGUCUUUGUGAAAGAGUCCUGCUUGCCGAGUAUAAAGAAUGUUGAGGGAACUGUUAAGAAAACUGGAUUGGGAGGUGUUUCCGGCAACAAGGGUGCUGUUGCUAUUCGAUUUGAUUUUGAAGAUACAGGAAUUUGCUUUAUUACUUCACAUCUUGCAGCAGGUUAUACAAAUUAUGAUGAAAGAAAUCAUGACUACCAGACCAUUGCUAAUGGUUUGAGAUUUAAGCGAGGCCGCUCAAUAUUUAACCAUGACUACGUUGUAUGGUUUGGAGAUUUCAACUAUCGCAUUUCUUUGACGUAUGAAGACACAAUUUACUGCAUCGAGCAAGGAAAACUAGAAAACCUGUUUGAGAAUGAUCAACUAAAUAAUCAAAUGCUGACAGGCGACGUAUUUCCUUUCUUUUCUGAGCUUCCUAUCACGUUUCCUCCGACUUAUAAGUUUGAUAUAGGCACGGAUACGUAUGAUACUUCGGAUAAACAUCGCGUUCCAGCUUGGACAGACCGGAUAUUGUAUAGAGGAGAAUUAAAACCGAUUGCUUAUAAUUCUGCUCCUUUAUAUUUUUCUGAUCACCGUCCUGUACUUGCUUCGUACGAGGCAAGUAUCGUCAAAGUUGACAAAGCGAAGAAGAAAAGACUCUUUGAAGAGCUGUACUUACAAAGAAAAGUUGACGUACGAGAUGCUAGUAAUACCUCCUAUACCUUAAUAGACAUUUCUGGUUCUGUUACUGGAAAACCCAACUUAAUUCCUUAUGUGCCGGCCAAUGGUAUGGAUAAGAUAAAAAAACCAAGUGUUGAUAGCAGAAAAUGGUGGUUUGAGGAUGGAUUACCUGCACGUUCCAUUGCGGCACCACCCGGAAUUGACUAUCAACUAAACCCAGAUCGACCUGUUAAUCCUUUCACUCCUAGCAAGGAACCCGACUGGGUCAAACCUGAAAAAAUCCUGAACUCGGAAAAGAAGCAAGAACAGCAUCCAGCAAUGAGUUCGCAAGUAACGAAUCCUUUACAAUCUCUGAAUAGCAGUCAUCCCUCGUUGAUUCCUCAGCAGUCUUUGUCCAAACCAACGAAGCCCUCAAAGCCUGACCAUUUAGCAGCACCUCGAAUGAAGCCAGCACUACCUCCCAGGACAAACCCUUCUUCGUCAAAUUCUACCUCUUUGCGCUCUUCACCCAGCAAUAUUCCGCCCACUCCACCCCCGAGGAAAUCUACUAGUACACCUCAGCCAGAUCUCUUAGCCUCUUCACCCGAGGAUAGUAAACUGACCUGGAAACCGCUCGUUUAAAAUGAUCAUGACAGCAUUCGACGAAUAUCCAUUAGAUAUUGAAAUUACCUACAGUUUUGUAUUUAUUUAUUAAUUUUUUCUUAUUCUUUUUGAUCUAUGAAUAAGCCUGUCAAACUGUAUGAGAUGUUGAUAGUUGAAAGGUUACAAAGUUGAAGGAAGUGCAUUCUCUUUUUUCUUUUUCUUUUUUUUUUCUUUUUUUUUAAAAAAAAAAGGAAGAGAAGUAUCGUAGGAUCCAUCUUACAGCUAAAAUUUAUCUACUCAACCACAAUCUAUCAUAAACAGUUCAACUCUAACUGGAAACUACAAACAAGAG